AUGUGGUACGAGGUUCUUCCGAGUUUUUUCAUUAUAACUGCCGGUUUGGGAUUACCAGGAUGGGCGCUUUACCAUAUUCACAAUUUAACAUUAGGCAAUCACCACCGUCGCAGUCUCCACACUCUCUGGCAAAGAAGGGCAUACCAGAGAGAUGAUCGACUUACAGGCAACCCAUAUGUAGUUAAUGGUCUAGAAAAAAUACCUGAUUAA